UGUACUCCCCUCCCGCCUUAUCGCGGUUUUCAGAUCAUAUCUCUCUCAAAAGACUCCAUUUACGUUAUAACGUUUUUGAUCGGCCUAGGUUAAUCGCUCCGGGAGCGAUUAAUGACGCCAUAAGGCCAAUCACAACCAUUCUUCUGAAAUGGAAAAUUGUGACUGGCCAGUUCUAGAAGAAAAGAACCUGAGACGGAUUAAUUCAGCUCCAGUCGAAAACGCCAAUGUCUAUGGUUCAAUCAGCCGCUAUAUCGGUUGAUGGCGUCAUGGCUAUUUCCUACGUCCCCUUCACCCCGCAACUGGUGCCUACGAACGAAUCAUUUUCGGGCAGUGUACACGCGGCUGGUCCCGAGUGUCGAGUAUUUCAACGUUGCAAUUUAUUUUUUAAACUGUACAUGCAAUUGUGUUUAAAAACAAACAUGAUAACUUUAAAUAUCGGACAUUUUUAUGGAUCAUGGAAAAUUCUUGAAAGAAGAUUAUUAAAAAAUAUCAUAAAUGUCAACAAAAUUACCAGAUCAAAAUCAACAAAAAAUCCUAACAAAGUUGAUUUUUCUAAAUGGAAAGAUUCUUGGUGGGACGAGGACAAUCCGAAACAUCUACUUCACUUAUAUAAUCCGCUUAGAGUAAAAUUUAUAAAGGAUGGAUUGGCAAACGCUGGAUUUAAAAUGCAGAAUUCAAAUUUUCCGUUGGAAGGAAUCAAGAUUAUGGAUGUUGGCUGUGGAGGAGGCAUAUUGACCGAGAGUUUGGCUAAACUAGGAGCACAAGUAACUGGAAUAGACCCAUCGGCAGAAUUAAUAGAUGUUGCCAAAGAGCAUGUAAAAUUGAAUUCCAAUAUAUCACAAAGAAUAAAUUAUCUUCAGACAACCGCAGAAGAUUUUGUUCAAAAGGAGCGAGAAACAUAUGAUGCUGUUAUAACUUGUGAGGUUUUGCAAUAUGUACCGGAUCCACAACUAUUUUUAAAGGAAUGUGCGAAAAUGGUAAAACCUGGGAAAUCGAUCUUUGUAAUGACAAUAAAUAAAACUUUUACAUCUUGGCUGUCUGCUAUUGUAGCAUGUGAAUACAUUUUUGGACGUAUACCUCGUGGUACUUUUGAUUGGAAUAAAUUUGUGCCUUCACACGAAGUUCAACGUACAUUAGAGAAUUAUGGUUUUGAAGUAAAAUCGAUUGUUGGCGUAAGUUUUAAUCCACUGACAAAACGAUUUUCUUGGUCAACAAAUACACUUACAUUGUAUGGGCUUCACGCUAUCAAACAGAAAGAACUAUAGAUAAUCUUCGGAAAGUUACAUGUUUGGGAAUUGUACUUUUUUUUAUAAAAUGCAAAAUAAUGUUACAUUCCUUAUCAGUUGUGUAUUGUAUAAAUCAUAAUACUGUUAAGGAUUAUCACGACAUUCUACAUAUAGUCAAAAUUUGUAAUAGAUUAAUAUUCUUUAAGAUAAGAGACAGAUAUCUACAUGAAUACAUGUAAGAGAACUUUAUUAUAAAUAUAAACACUAUAAAACCAAA